AUGAGCAAAUUGAUUACAACGAGUACACAAGCAACCUUGCCAAUACAGCUAUCGAUAUUAGAAGAUGCACCCAAGUUCGAUCCCAACGACAAAGCCAUCCCAGCAACAAAAUUCCUCGUUAAGCCAAUUGGGAUGAUAAUUGUUUGUGCACUUCUCGCUACAGCUGUCUGUCUAGUCGGGUACGCGACGUAUGAGCGACGCAAGUACAGGAUGCAAUACAAGAGGCGAGUGAGGCGGAUGAGAUUGUUGAGGUGA